AUCCAAAUAUGAUUCAGCACAGACAGCACUGCCUAACUAACUUUUGAUUAAUUUGUGUCGCCCCCAUAGCUAUACCACCUAACUUAGCCCCUGUAAGUUAGAAGAUUGAAAUAAUUAAGUAUUUUAGACCUAAAUAUCUAUGGACAGAGAUACAGCCGAUAUAACACUCAUCAAUUGUCGGUGUUGACAACAUUGCAGAGAAGAAAAUCAAAGCGCACAAGCAUUGCGUGCUGAUGAUCGAAAACUGACAUUUGUGAAGGAAGAUGAACAUAAAGAUGAAUGCUACGGAACUAAAAGAACAAGGGAAUCGCUUCUUUGGAUCACGCAAAUAUGAAGAGGCCAUUGGUUGUUAUAACAAGGCCAUAAUGAAAAACCCAUCAGAUCCCAAGUUCUUUACCAAUCGAGCUCUGUGUCAGAUAAAGCUGAGACAUUGGGAUCAUGGUGCGGAUGACUGUCGACACGCUUUAGAACUUGAUCCCUCCAACAUCAAGGCACAUUUCUUCCUGGGACACACACUAGUUGAAGAGGAGAGAUACGAUGAAGCCAUUACAAGCUUUCGCAGAGCACAUGACCUUGCCAGAGAACAGAAAGUGAAUUUUGGGGAUGACAUAGCUGCUGCACUAAGGUCAGCAAAGAAAAAAAGAUGGAAUAUCCUAGAAGAAAAGAGAAUUGCGCAAGAGAUUGAACUGCAGGCACAUCUUAUGAACCUCAUGGAAGAAGAUAAACAAAGAAAAAUUGACGCUCUGAAAGAGAAGAUAGGUGAUCAAGAUGGGGAGGAAGACAAAGAUAUCCAUACUGAUGCCACAAAGAAGAUUGAAGAAGACUUUGAGAGACAUCAGAAGGAACUAAAUAGAUUAUUUGCUUCCGUUGAUGAAAGGAGACAGAAACGUGAAGUCCCAGAUUACCUUUGUGGCAAGAUAAGUUUUGAAUUGAUGAGGGAUCCUGUCAUCACGCCCAGCGGUAUCACGUACGAUCGCAAAGAUAUCGAGGAACAUCUACAGAGAGUGGGUCAUUUCGACCCUGUGACACGCUCAAAGCUGAUCCAAGACCAGCUUAUACCCAACCUAGCGAUGAAGGAGGUUAUCGAUACAUUCCUAUGUGAUAAUGAAUGGGUGGAAGAGUUCUGAAUAUCCCCUAUAGAGACACCCUCGAUCCAUUCCUAGAUGACAUUGAUUAUAAAGUGGAAUGGUAUAGAGACUCUUCCAAGAUCCAUGCAGGUAAUAUGCAGAUAUAAGGAAUGACAUUGAAGUCGCUGCUUCUCGUCUUCUACGCAAAUUCCAUGCGAAGGAACUCAGAGUCAUGGAAUACAUUAGAGAUUGAAGCUGGACUUCACCACACUACGUGAUAUUACCCAAUAACAGAUGAAUGGAUGAGUUACUUCUAACGCUUGUACUGCAUCAGGAAGAUGUUUCUCAUCCGAUCUGCCCGAAUGAUUGUAGCCUGGAACUUCAAAGGUGAUGAAGAUGCUUGGAUGUCUACCAAGCAUCGAACAAGCUUCUCGUGCAGAGAUUAUUGUACAACGCCUACUUAGCUUGUUGUACGCGAGCAAAUGGGAGGCUGAAUGUCAAACAUUCGUACCGUUGCACACGCGACAUACCAUCCAAAAUGUACCAUUUCACGGCUUUAGGAGGUGACUAUUUGCUCUUCGUAUACUGUCACACGAUUCCAUUACAGCUCGUCCAUAUUCACUCCAAUAUUGAUUUCUCUAAGUAUGAACUCUUUGGCAUCACCUUUUUACAGAACUCCAGCUUUAGCAUGUUUAUGGCAUGUUAGCCUCUUCUAUCCAAGCUUUGAAUUAAUUAUAAAGAAAAAACAAUUUGGCAUCAAGAGAGCUACUAUAAAUUCAGCAUAGGUCAAAGCCACUGAUGUAAUUUUCAUAAGUUACCUUAUCCGAUUAUAUCAUGACUGGUUAUGUUUUUUUUAAUAGCCACUUCAAAAAGAUACAUUGUACACCAAAAGUUGUGGAAUACAUACUUCCCUUUCAAGUUCCAAAUGAUGUGAUUGCUGUUAUCAUAAUCUUUUCUUUUAAGAUAAUGGUAGUUUGCUUUGAUUUCUAAUGAAAUUUUGGCAAGUAAUGAUGAACUUAGUAUUCAAAUGCUUGUUCACAGUAAUCAUUUUAAUCUAAAGAGAUUAGAUUUUAACUUAAGCUGAAUGCAGGGGCUGCCAAGUGUCCCUUAUUGUCAGGAGACUACUUGGAAAAUGACUUCUUAGUGAAAAGGAUUUCUUAGCGAAAAACUCUAGAUUUUCAACAUCUCCCUGAUUCAUACAUUAAUUUCUUUCAUAGGAUUGUGUUGAAUCGAGAAUAAUCUCCCUCCUUCCUCAGUAAAUUCUCCCUGAAAUUGAAUUAAUAAAGUUGGCAGCUCUAUGAAUGGGAACACCAACUGUUGAAAUUUUUUAUUUUUAGCAUUGGUAACAAUUCAUGCUUAAAGUCAAGGGUAACUUACAAAUAGCUUUAUGAAUCACAGGUCUUGUAGGAUUUUUUUAUCGUCACGGCAUUAGGUGGGUGUUUCAUAAAGCUGUUUGUAAGUUAAGAGCUUUAAGAACGACUGGUGAUCCUUGUGGUAAAUGGUAU